CAUCCGGAGUUUCGCGGCGUCCCCGUUUGGCAACCACACGCGCCUGCGCAGAAGACAGUAAGUGCCGGUUGGUGGCUGUUGCUCCGCAGUGAGAGAGAGAGCGCGAGACGCGCAAGGACCCGCGUCGCAGCAGCCGCGGCCGAGAGCGCUCGCCCGAAAGGGACCGCCACAGCAGCGGAGAGGGGGAGGAAGAAAGCGGACCGCACCCGGCGCAGCCAUGUCUGUGGUGGGCAUCGACCUGGGCUUCCAGAAUUGCUACAUCGCGGUGGCGCGGAGCGGCGGCAUCGAAACCAUCGCCAACGAAUACAGCGACCGCUGCACCCCAGCUUGUAUAUCACUAGGAUCUAAAGCCCGGACUAUUGGAAAUGCAGCAAAGAGCCAGAUUGUCACAAAUAUUAAGAAUACAUUACAUGGAUUCAAAAAACUGCAUGGGAGAGCAUUUGAUGAUCCUUUUAUAAAAGCUGAAAGAGCCAAACUGCCCUAUGAGCUUCAGAAGUUUCCUAAUGGGAGUGUAGGAGUAAAGGUUCGCUACUUGGAUGAAGAGAGACCCUUUGCAAUUGAACAGGUUACAGGCAUGCUCUUGGUUAAGCUUAAAGAGACAUCAGAAAGUGCACUUAAAAAACCUGUAGCAGACUGUGUAAUUUCAAUCCCAAGUUUUUUUACUGAUGCUGAAAGAAGGUCAGUAAUGUCAGCUGCACAAGUAGCAGGCUUAAAUUGCCUGAGGUUAAUGAAUGAAACAACAGCAGUUGCGCUGGCUUAUGGAAUUUAUAAACAGGAUCUACCAACCCCAGAGGAGAGACCAAGGAAUGUGGUUUUUGUAGAUAUGGGACACUCUGCAUACCAAGUUUCUGUCUGUGCUUUUAACAAAGGAAAAUUAAAGGUACUGGCUACUACGUUUGACCCAUUUUUGGGUGGUAGAAACUUUGAUGAGGCUUUGGUGGAUUACUUCUGCGAAGAAUUCAGAUCUAAGUAUAAACUAAACGUGAAAGACAACGCUCGGGCACUGCUGCGCUUGUAUCAGGAAUGUGAAAAAUUGAAGAAGCUUAUGAGUGCCAAUGCCUCUGAUCUUCCUAUGAACAUAGAAUGUUUCAUGAAUGAUGUUGAUGUCUCUAGUAAGAUGAACAGAGCUCAGUUUGAACAGUUAUGUACAUCACUUCUGGCCAGAGUAGAACCUCCUUUGAGAGCAGUGAUGGAGCAAGCAAAACUACAGCGUGAAGAUAUAUACAGUAUAGAAAUAGUAGGUGGAGCAACUCGGAUUUCAGCAGUGAAGGAGCAGAUUUGUAAAUUCUUCUGUAAAGAUAUAAGUACCACACUUAAUGCAGAUGAAGCUGUUGCAAGGGGCUGUGCAUUACAGUGUGCAAUUCUUUCUCCAGCAUUUAAAGUCCGUGAGUUUUCUAUCACAGAUGUUGUUCCGUACUCAAUUACUCUGAGGUGGCAGUCGUCUUACGAGGAGGGAACAGGUGAAUGUGAAGUCUUCAGCAAAAAUCAUGCUGCUCCUUUCUCAAAAGUUAUUACUUUCCACAAGAAGGAACCUUUUGAGCUGGAAGCAUUUUACACCCAUCCACAUGACAUUCCUUAUUCCGAUACAAGAAUAGGUCAUUUUGUUAUUCAGAAUGUUGGACCUCAACACGAUGGUGACAAUUCAAAAGUGAAGGUUAAAGUACGUGUUAAUGUCCAUGGAAUCUUCAGCGUGGCUAAUGCAUCUGUAAUAGAGAAGCAAAGUACAGAUAGUGAUGCCAGUGAUAUGCCUAUGGACACAGAAUUGUCUUGUAAGAAUCAAAGCAAAGAUGAACCGGCUAAAAUGCAAGUUGAUCAAGAUGAUGGCAAUCAUAAGAACCAAAAUGAGCAGCAGAAUCAAACAGAUGAGGACGUUGAUCAUAUAGGCUGUGAAGGAAAGACUGCUUCAGGAGACAAGCUUGAUACAGCUCAAUCUGGCAAAACUAAAGCAAAGAUCAAGAGUAUUGAUCUACCUAUCCAGGUUAAUCUAUACAGGCAGGUGGGACAGGACCUUAUUAACUGCUACAUUGAAAAUGAGGGGAAGAUGAUGAUGCAAGACAAGCUGGAGAAGGAGAAAAAUGAUGCCAAAAAUGCUGUUGAAGAAUAUGUGUAUGAUCUAAGGGACAAGCUAUGUGGUGUCUAUGAAAAAUUCAUCACUGAAGAUGACACAAGAAAGAUAACUUUAAUGUUGGAGGAUACAGAAAACUGGCUUUACGAAGAUGGAGAAGACCAACCAAAACAUGUAUAUGUGGAAAAACUUCAGGAAAUGAAAAAACUUGGUGGUCCUAUUCAUGAUAGAUAUAUGGAACAUGAAGAGAGGCCAAAAGCUUUAAAUGAUUUGGGAAAGAAGCUCCAGAUGCUUAUGAAAGCUGUAGAAGGAUACAAAACUAAGGAUGAAAAAUAUGAUCACAUUGAUCCUGUUGAUAUGGGAAAAGUUGAAAAGUAUACCAAUGAAGCAAUGAAUUGGCUGAAUUCAAAAAUGAAUGCGCAAAACAGGUUGAGUCUGACCCAGGAUCCUGUUGUGAAAGUGGCAGAAAUAAUAGCAACGUCUAAGGAAUUGGACAGUUUAUGUAACCCUAUUAUUUACAAGUCAAAGCCCAAGGCAGAGCCACUGUCUGAAGAUCAGGCAAAAUCUAACAGGGAACACAAUGGACCAAUGAAUGGACAGAGCAGUGCUGACACAAAAUCAGAGGACAGUUGCCAGCAGCCUAAAUCAUCUGAAGAAAUGGAUGUGGACUAAGUUUUACAUUUCUUUCAGUCCAUUAAAAACAGUGCAAGUAAUCAGAGGGUCCAUCUUUCUUUUAUGUCUGAUUCACAUUACAGAUGUUCAGUUAGUCAACCUUCUGUCCUUUGUUCUUUGCAGUAGGUUUGAAAGUGUUUUUCUAUUUGAGUGCAUUCCCAUUGUUCAUUCCAUUGAUGCAGCUUAUGUGAAGCUUUAGUUGAAUGUAGAUUGUAAAAGUCAGUUUAAGCUUUCCCGAUAUAUUUUAUAUCAAAUAGGCAGAAUUGAUAUAUAAAUGACAACAAUCUACCUUAUUUAAAGCUUUUAUUGUGGGUAAGCCUCUGCUCCUCUAUUCAGGAAAGACCACUGUAUUGCACUACUGAUGCUGAAGUGUAGAUCUUUGCAUCUUUAUUUUGGAAGAUAUUGGAUUUGAUAUGGCUUAAACAUUGCCACUUGAAGCACUGACCUUUUUCUAGUUGUUGUACUGUUCUAAUUUAAAUAUUAAAAUAGAGGUUAGCUGGCAAACUAGUUCAUCUUGUUGAUGUACCAUGAAAACUGUAAGAACCUUGUAGACAAAACAUCCAAGGCUUGAAAGGAGCUCAUACCAGCAGCAUUCUUUGUCACAAGACAAGCAACAUGACUAAAAAUAAAGUUCAUGGUCUCCAUGUACACAGCCCUGUAUAUCAUAUUCUGUGUUGAUGCUGAGCACACUGUUUAAAGUGGUAAUAGUAGGAAACGUUAGUGAAAUGUUAAAGGCCGUUAACUGGGGACACAUGUUUUCAUUUCCCUUAAUUGCCUCCAAACCCACUAGUUUGGCUUAGUUUUGAAUGCUGCCUAUGCAUGUUUUUUAAAUCUGUCCUCCUCACAAUUAAAAGUGGAAAAUGCACACACAUUAACUGUUAA